ACAUGAAAACUUUAACAACUAUAACGAUAGUCUCGAUAUAUUUUUCUGUACUUCUAAGUGCAAGUGAAUCAGCUAAAAUUUUAUCACUAUUCCCAGCACCUUCUUACAGCCAUGUAAUAAUCGGAGAAACUCUAAGUGAGGAAUUAGCAAGAAGAGGUCAUCAAGUAACGUUGAUAACCGCUUAUGAACCAAAGAAAACCAUCAAAAAUCUUAAUGAUAUUAAAUUAAAUGGGUUCAAAGAACAAUUUGAUGAGGAAAUGAAAGAUUUUAAUUUUUUCGAUUAUUUAAACAUAAACGAAUUCAUUUCAACACUAACAACGUAUAGCUUUGGUUAUACAAUGACGAAAAAUUUUUAUGAACACGAAAGAAUACAAAAAAUUAUGAAAUUUAACGAAAAAUUUGAUUUAAUAAUUGUAGAACAUUUCUUCAAUGAAGCUGUUUAUGGGUUAUGUUAUCAUCUUAAAGUACCCUGUGUAGCGGUAAGUGCGGUUGCCACAAUGAUUUGGUCGAAUCGAUUAACCGGAAAUGUGGGAUUAGCAUCGUAUGUUCCACAGAUGACGACUACCUAUUCACCAAAAAUGACCUUCUUUCAACGAAUGCACAAUUUGGCACUUUACGUUUACGAAGAAAUCGUGUAUCACACGUUUUAUAUACCAAAACACAACGCGAUCGUUCAAGAACAUAUUCCAAACGCACCACACAUUUACAAUUUAAUUACUAACGUUUCAUUACUUCUUGUAAAUUCUCAUCCUGCAUUAGGAUCUCCGCAAAUAAUAACGCCAAACGUAAAGGAAGUCGGCGGAAUUCACGUUGAGGGAUUGAAAAAUGUCACAUUACCGGAUGAUAUUCAAAAGUUUUUAGAUAAUAAUAAAGAAGUAAUUUAUUUCGCUUUGGGUUCGAACGCUCAAAGUAAAGAUAUUCCCAAAGAAACUUUAAACGAAAUAAUAAAUGGAUUGAAAAAAUGGGGUAAACCUGUUUUGUGGAAAUUUGAGGACGAAUUACCCGAAAAACUUGAUAAUGUUAAAAUAGCUAAGUGGUUUCCUCAAACGGCGGUGUUAGCUCAUAAAAAUGUUGUUGGUUUUAUAACUCAUUGUGGGCGAUUGAGUUCUUUGGAAUCGUUGUAUUAUGGUGUUCCUAUGAUUGCAAUUCCACUUUUUGCAGAACAAGCUCAUAACGCUGCAGAAAUGGUUCAUUAUGGUUUCGCGGUUCCGGUUGAGUUUAAAACGCUCAAAGCGGAAAAAUUAUAUAAAGCGCUUGUUGAAAUAACCUCAAAUACAAAAUACACGAAAGAAGCACAGAUGCGCUCGAAAGCAAUAAGAAAACGUAACGGAAUGGAUGAAGCCGUCUACUGGAUCGAACAUGUUUUAGAAUUUAAAGGAGCUUCUUAUUUAAAGAAUGCUGGCGUCGAUUUGCCAUGGUACCAAUUUUGGAUGGUCGAUGUUGUCGCAGUUUUAAUCGUUUCUUUCUUGGGUAUCAACGCUUUCGGAGCUUAUUUAAUUUUAAAAUCCUUGUCUCAUUGGGGUCAAUACAAUUCUUCUCAAAGUAGGGUGAUAGAUAUAUGCUAA